UCGGAACUCUAUCUAACAGCCCAGUGAUCGAACUCAAAAGAUUUUAAAAACGUCGUUGAGUAUUUUGGCGAAAAUCGUAUCAGUAUCAGAGUAUUUUAGCGAAAAUCGUAUCAGUGUAAAUUAUUAAAAAUUUUAUAGUGUGGCAGGGCUUUGUAAUGCCACAUCAGUUUUCCAAAUGUCAAUUAAAAUAGAAGUCCCGGCAGUAAUUUAGAAUAAAUAAUUUUUAGCAUUAAAGCACAUACGAUAAAAUAGAGAUAGUUUUGUACUUUAAAAUAUACAUUUCAAUUAUUUGGGAAAUUAUGAAGUGAAUCCUGAAAAAGUUUAGAAAAAAUGCCGUUACAAAUUGUCUGCCGGGUAUUGGCCCUAGUGUUUCUUGUUUCUGCAUCAUUUAAAGAAAGCGGUGCCUCGUCUGCUCCUUCCCAAAGUUAUGCUGUUACAACACUUAUUAAUGCUAAAUGGCAACAAACCCCUCUAUAUUGGGAAAUUGCAGAAUAUUUAGCAGACGAAAAUCCUGCUCUUUUUUGGGAUUACGUGAACGAUAUACUAAGCGAACAAAAGUCUAUUAAGGAAUACGCUUCAGAAUCAAAUCAGUAUUUAGCGGCCAUCAAUGUAGUUCGGAAUCGUCUUACUUCACUUCAGCUCCCAUUACUUAAAUUAGUAGUGUCACUGCAUAGUCUCACUCCACGAAUUCAGACGCAUUUACAAAUAUCUAACGAUAUUUAUAACAAAUCCCAAUGUGACGUUGAAACGUUCGUUCAGAUUGGAAGUGAUGUUAUUUGCACUAUCGACGAAUUAGAAAAGAAGCUAAAUUCGAAAACUGAUGUUCACGAAGAGGUUGUUACAUACAGUUUUGAUCACAUUUUUCCAGGGUCAAAGAACGAUUCACAAACAGUUGUUCUUUACGGUGAUUUUGCAACAGAUACUUUUUCGGCAUAUCAUAAAUUAUUAUCCAAUGAAGCACUUUCUGGAAAUAUUCGUUACAUUACAAGGCAUUUUAUUCCAUCGCUUACUAAUCGGAAGACCGUCCGGCUUUCUGGCUAUGGGGUUGAACUUCAUCUUAAAUCCACAGAAUAUAAAAGUCAGGAUGAUGCACCAAAGACAAAUGAUGAUAUUGUAAAGGACAAUACCACCGAAGAUUUCGAGGUUAAAGGUUUUGAUUUUAAAAUACUCAAAUCCCGCUUCCCAAGUUUGUCCCACUCACUGGAUCAAUUUUGGUACAAUCUCUUAAAGGGUAACGAGGAAAUUACACAGUUAAAAGCAUGGGAAUUUCAAGAUCUUGGAUUGCAAGCAGCAGCUGCUAUAUCCGAGGUACAAGGCGACGAAGCUUUACAGAUUUUACAAUUUAUCGCUCAUAAUUUCCCUAUGCAAGCACAUACUCUCCUUCACCAUAAAGUGUCAGAUGCAUUGCGCUCUGAAAUUAAACACAAUAUUGAUGUGUUUGGACGUAGUUUAAACAUCAUUCCACCUGAUGGUGCGCUCUUCAUUAAUGGAUUAUUUUUUGAUGCUGAUACAAUGGAUCUCGGUGCCAUUGUUGAAACAGUACGUUCUGAAGUUCAUGUCAUUGAGAGUCUACACAAAAAUAAUAUUCGAGGUAGCCUAGCAACUGCACUACUCGCCUUAGAUCUCUCUGGAGCUUCUGGUAAAGAAUUUGCAAUUGAUAUUAGGGAUACGGCAAUAAUGUGGAUAAAUGAUAUAGAAGCUGAUGCUCAAUACCGCCGUUGGCCGUCAAGUGUAAUGGAUUUAUUGAGACCCGCCUUUCCUGGAAUGUUACGCAAUAUACGGAAAAAUAUUUUCAAUCUAGUUUUGGUGGUUGAUCCACUAAAACCAGCUAGCCGUAAUCUCAUAAAACUAGCAGAGAGCUUUGUUAUUCACCAAGCACCUGUAAGGCUAGGCCUAGUAUUUGAUAUUCGCAGUGCGAAUAAAGAUUCUUUAAAAGAUUACCACUCCCUUAUUUGUGCCUAUAAUUACGUAACCCAAAAUAAGGAUGGUCGAUCAGCGUUAAGCUUUUUAACAGAUGUGUUUGCUGCCGCAGAUGCUGCUGAAAAUGUGCGCCACCAACAUAUAAAGAGUCAACUAAAAAAGGCCUUUAGUAACUUAUCUGGAAGCAAAAUUGAUGAUAUUCUAGAUGAAGAUUCUGACUAUGAUUAUGGCAAGCAAUUGGCACAAGAAUUUAUUGAACGUUUGGGUUUUGCGAGUUCUCCUCAAGCAUUGCUUAAUGGUGUACCAAUGCAACAAAGUAUUUUAAGCUCUGAUAGUGAAUUCGAAGAAGCAAUAUUUUCAGAAAUCAUUCAACAAACCAGCACUUUCCAAAAAUCAGUAUAUAAAGGUGAUUUGACAGAUUCAGAUACAGUUAUUGACUACCUUAUGAAUCAAGAUCAUGUUAUGCCACGAUUAAAUCAACGUAUUCUUAAUGCCGAUGCCACAAAAUUCUUGGAUUUCACUGGAAAUGAAUACAAAGAUUUACCCAAUGUACGGGAUCUCAUUCAGCUUUCAAAUCGAGAUAUGACUGCAGUUUUAUUAGGCAAUAUAAAAUAUUUUGGUGGCAAACAUGCAACCGAACGCAUUGGUAAUGCUAAAUUAAAUUUUUUAACUAUUUGGGUUGUUGCUGACGUUGAACAGCCAGAAGGUCGUGAGCUCCUAGCAAAUGCUCUUCGCUAUCUUAAAAGUGGUAGCAGUGUUCGCGUAGGGUUUAUACCUAAUAUUGAAGGUUUAUCAGUUUCCAACAAACUUAACUUAAAUCGAUUAGUGUGGGCAGCUUCCCAAGCUCUUCCGCCUGUAGAAGCUACUGAUUUGGUAUUGAAAUGGCUUAAAAAUCCAGAUAAGAUAAACGAAGUGCCAGAUUCUUUCAACGAUAUUCUGACCUCAACUGAAUUACAUAUAAAAAUGCUAAGAGUUUAUGCACAACGCGUGUUGGGAUUGCCGAAGGAAGGGCGUUUAGUUAUUGGAAACGGUAAAAUUUUCGGUCCGUUGUCUACGGGUGAACAAUUUACUAUUGAAGAUUUUGGAUUAAUUGAUCGAUUUAAUGCAUUCCAAUAUGGUGACAAAAUCCGAAAAGUUCUUCAACAAAAUAGCGACAGUGAUGAAGAUACCUCUGCUGAUUCUGCGAUAACUAGCGAUACUUUGCUUAAAUUGUAUGCAAGCCUUGUACCUAGGCAAUCUAAGACUCGUUUUAAGAUACCAGAUGAUAUAAAGAAACACAAUUCUGUUGUUACUUUGGCUCCUAAAAUGCCAUCCAUGCCACAUUUUGAUAUUUCUGCGGUCGUCGAUCCAGCGUCGCGAAGUGCUCAAAAACUGGCUCCUAUUCUAAUUUUAUUGCGCAACAUUCUUAAUUGCAAAAUGCAUAUAUACUUAACGCCAGUUGGGCAACAUAGUGAUAUGCCUGUAAAAAACUUUUAUCGAUAUGUUCUUGAGCCUGAAGUACAAUUUGAAUCUAAUGGAAAAUUAGCAGAAGGACCGCAGGCAAAAUUUACUGGCUUACCUGUAAAUUCGUUACUUACUCAAAAUCUUCAAGUCCCCGAAAAUUGGCUUGUUGAGGCGGUCCACUCUGUAUAUGACUUAGAUAAUAUCAAAUUAAGCGACAUCGGUGGCCCUGUUCAUAGUGAAUAUGAACUGGAAUAUCUACUACUUGAAGGGCACUGUUUUGACUCCAAUUCAGGAGCCCCUCCACGCGGAUUACAAGUGACUUUGGGAACACAAAAAUCUCCAGCAAUUGUUGAUACGAUAGUCAUGGCGAACCUUGGUUAUUUCCAACUCAAAGCAAACCCAGGUGUGUGGGAGCUCCGCCUACGUGAAGGAAAAUCUACAGAUAUAUAUGAUAUUACUAAUGCCGAAGGUCCUAACACAAUACAUCAAAAUCACUUGACAAAAGUGGUAAUUAGCUCAUUGCGUUCGCACGUGAUCAAGUUACGAGUCACAAAAAAACCCGGUAAACAGAAUGCAGACUUGCUAGGCGAUGACGAAGAAGAUUCAACAUCUGGUCUUUGGAACUCCAUUGCUAACUCCUUUGGAGGUGGUUCCGCAGCUUCUGCGCCUGGAAACGUUGGAGACGAGGAUUCGCAAACUAUAAACAUUUUUUCAUUGGCUUCAGGACAUUUAUAUGAACGACUUAUGCGUAUUAUGAUGUUGUCAGUCUUGAAACAUACAAAAUCACCCGUUAAGUUUUGGUUCCUUAAAAAUUACUUGUCACCACAAUUUACUGAUUUCCUUCCGCAUAUGGCUCGAGAAUACGGUUUCCAGUAUGAGCUUGUACAAUACAAAUGGCCACGAUGGCUACAUCAGCAAACAGAGAAACAGCGUACGAUUUGGGGAUAUAAGAUUCUCUUCCUAGAUGUGUUAUUCCCACUUAAUGUUCGUAAGAUAAUUUUUGUGGAUGCCGAUGCCAUUGUGCGAACUGAUAUUAAGGAAUUGUAUGAUAUGGAUUUAGGUGGCGCACCAUACGCCUACACACCUUUCUGCGAUUCUCGUAAAGAAAUGGAAGGAUUCCGUUUCUGGAAGCAAGGUUAUUGGCGGAGUCAUCUUAUGGGCAGACGGUACCAUAUAUCUGCAUUAUAUGUUGUAGAUCUUAAGAGAUUCCGAAAAAUCGCCGCUGGUGAUCGUUUGCGUGGCCAGUAUCAAGCAUUAAGUCAGGAUCCCAACAGUUUGGCUAAUUUAGACCAAGACUUGCCAAACAAUAUGAUUCAUCAGGUGGCCAUAAAGUCAUUACCAGAUGAAUGGUUGUGGUGUCAAACGUGGUGUAAUGACAACUCUUUUAAAAAAGCUAAAGUAAUUGAUUUGUGUAAUAAUCCGAUGACGAAAGAAGCUAAGUUAACAGCUGCCCAACGUAUCGUCCCAGAGUGGAAGGAUUACGAUCAAGAAAUUAAAAAUUUAAUGAUAAAAAUCGAGGAUCAUGAAAAUAUCGACCAUCAUCCAGUCAUCGCAACGAAUGAACACGAUGAAAACCUCAAACAUGAAGAAUUAUAAUUACCAUUCCCGUUUUGUGUUGUAUUUAAUUGAAAUACAUUAUGUGAACUAUUGAUCCAAA